AUGUUUCCAGAUAGCCAAAAGGGAUCCUUGAAUGCCACCAAACUCAAGAAGCUUGGCCUCGCCAAGGGACGAAUGGAGGAAGAUGAUGCCCUGUUCUUUUUCCAACUCCUGUAUCCUAUCUGUGACCCCAAGAGGUCCGGAAUCAAACAGGAUCCAUGGAAAGGCUUCUAUUUUGAACUUGAAAAAUUCACUCGGACAUAUGCAGGCCAGAAUGGUAUUGGUGGAUCAUAUGGCCACAUAAUCCAUGAUGUUCUGGCAAGAGAACUUGUGGUCUUUCAUGGCAUUAUGGUUCAAGAUGGUGUCCGUGGAGGAAGCAAGGGUGCCGUUUACCGCCAAGGGGAUCCAUCUUGUUCAUGCUAUGAUUAA